AUGUGCAGCAUCGUCAACACGUGCUUCUGCGUGCUGCACCAGGCCGCCUCCAAGAGCCACCUGCUGUCUGUGUUUUCCCCUCUCCCCUCGCCUCCCUCUCAAACCCCAGGUUCUUUUGGAAACUGUCCGCAGCCCUGCGGGUCCCCUGCUCUCAGACCGUCACAUGUGCAGCAUCCCUCAGCACCCCCCAAACCUCCCCCUCCCGCCGAGCCUGACCAACAGCCCCGCGGUCAGCGCGUCACAACCAGAGAAACCGCAGGCAAGGAAGGGAACAGGGAGGAGGACGGGGAGCAGGGCCAGGCAGGAAACAGCAGCAGCAACGGAGCGUCAGUGGGAGCCUUAGGCAGGCCGCACGGGGUGGCGUGUGCAGUGGAGGUGUUUCACUUCCUCUGCUCGCUGCUAGGCCUGGAGGACCAUCAGUCCGCGCUCUUUGCCUCGGGCAUGCUGGCAGACGAUGAUGUCUCGCUGCUCGCCCUCAGCCUCAUCUCCGCUGCUCUCGAGCUCGCCGGGCCAGCGGUGGUGCGCCACCCACGCCUGCUCUCGCUCGUGCAGGACGAGCUGUUUCGGUCACUGCUGCAGCUAGGGCUCUCUCCGAACCUUCUAGUGCUCUCCCAGGUCCUGGCCAUAGUUCAGACACUCUUCCACUCAGCCCGCGCCCAUCUCAAGCUGCAGCUAGAGGCAUUCUACACCUGUGUCAUCGCCCGCCUCGUUGGCACGGCAGGAAAGUUCACUGCAACUUCCUUCGCGCAGCAGGAAGCUGCCCUGGAAGCCCUCCUGGACUUUUGCCGGCUGCCCGAAUUCGCCGUGGAAACUUACGCCAACUUUGACGCCGACCUCACAUGUGCGAAUUGCUUGGAGGAGCUAUCGGGACUGCUGUCGAGAGCAGCGUUUCCUGUGAAUACUCCGCUGUCGUCGCUGCAUGUGCUGGCCAUGCAGGGUCUGCUGGCCGUGUUCCUCCAAGCCUCCUCCCUCCUCCCCUCGCUCCCCGACGCCCGUGCAGUUGCCUGCUUCCUCCGCUUCACACCGGGACUUAACAAAACACUAGUGGGAGACCUCCUGGGCGGGCAUGAGGAGUUUCACGUCCGCGUUUUAGGGGAAUUCGCUAAGCUGUUUGACUUUGAGGGCAUGGCGCUGGAUGCGGCGCUGAGGACGUUCCUGGAGGGGUUUAGGCUGCCGGGGGAGGCGCAGAAGAUUUCGAGGGUGCUAGAGGCGUUUGCAGAGCGGUACUAUGCGCAGGCGCCCGCUGCGUAUGGGUUUGCGAAUCAUGAUGUGGCGUAUGUGCUGUCGUACUCCGUCAUCAUGCUCAACACUGACUUGUAUAACGGACAGGUUCGCCGAAAAAUGACGGAGGAGGAGUUUAUCCGCAACAACCGCAAGAUCAACGAUGGAAAAGACCUGCCCAGGGAACUCCUAUCAGAGCUGUACCACGCCAUCGCACGCAACGAGAUCAAAAUGUCCUCCGAUUCUCUUGACUCCUCCACUCCUGCCUUCCUCAAUUCAGAAUCCCUCCCUCCCGCCCCUCCUCUCCUGCAGUCCUCCUCCCCACCCCGCCCCUCCCCCCCAUCCAAGCACCUCUCCCCACUCUCCCCUCCUCUCUCCAACCUCUCCCUCCCGCGCUCCUCCUCCUCCCUCUUCCUGCUGCAGCUAGACAGAGACGUGUUUGCAGUGGUGGCAGGCCCAGCUAUAGCAGCCAUAUCCGUUGUAUUCGACCACACAGAAGAAGACGAGUCGCUCCUCCGCUGCUGCACAGACGGGUUCUCAGCCGCUGCUGACGUGGCGGCUUUUCACGGGUUCUCAGGCGCGCUAGACGAUCUCGUGGUCUCCCUCUGCCGCUGCACCUGUCACUCUCCGCCUGAACCCCUCCGGAUCGUUGCCAAGUGGCGCAGAUCUAGUGGACAACGCGGCAGCUGUUGCGUUCGGGGAGGACACCAAGGCUCGGCUGGCCGCCGAGGAGUGGGGAGUGGAGGAGGAGGAAUAGCUGUAGGCCCUCUAUCACCCGACGAAGAAGACACAGCCGUCUUCUGUCUCGACCUCCUCCUCGUGGUAACCCUACGUAACCGCUCUCGCGUGCUGCUCAUCUGGCCGCUGCUCUCCUCCCAACUCGCCAUCAUCAUGCAAUCAGCCAAUGCCGGCCCGCCACCUGGCCCACUAGUGGAACGAGCUGUCUUCGGUCUCCUCCGGCUGUGCCGAAAGCUCCUCCCAGCAGCCGAUGAAACCCUAGCAGACGAACUCCUAAGGUCACUACAGCACGUGCUGAGACUCGAUGCUAGGUUAGCUGAUGCGCUCUGUGAGAGGAUCACGCGGGGCGUGUUGGGGAUUGUAAGGGAGGGACGGCAGACCGGGGCGCUGCGGAGAGUGAAGUCCCCGCCUGGCUGGCGAACGCUCGCUGCUCUGCUGGCCAUCACAGCCAGGCAUCCAGACGCUGCUGCACCCGGGUUUGAAGCUCUGUCCUGGCUCAUGGCACCCAUUCCCCCAAGUGCCGCUGCUCCUGGUGCCUCUCCUGCUGCUCUCGCCUCGGAUUUCUCUGCUGGUGGUGCGGUGGAGGAUUAUGGAGAGGUGUGUACGGACGGGCCGCCGUGUGUGUCCCCAUGUAACUUCAUCCCGUUCCUUGAUGCGGCUCGGGACUUCGCUGAGGCUCGGGUGGGAGGUUCGGAGCGAUCGAAGCGGGCAUUGGACCUGCUGGGAUGCUUGAUAGACUGUCUGCUGGAGUGGAGAAUGGCUGGGGAGAUGGAGCAAGCAGCAGAGGCAGACCGACUAGCCACAGCAGCAGCAGCAAUGGCAGGAGCAGCAGGAGUGGCAGGAGGUGGUAGGAUUGAUGGGGACAAUUCGAGCAGUGCCGUUUCAGGGGUAAAUCCUGGUGCGUUCUCCCCUCAGCAGCAGCCUCCCUUGUCAGCCGUCCUCUCCCCCCCGCAACUAAGCCCAAUACCAUCGUCAUCAUCACCAGCAGGGGGAGGUGUAUCUGGGGCAGGUGCAUCUGGAGGAGCAGGGCGAUUCUCAGGGCAGGACCUGGCGGACCUCUGGCUGCGCCUGCUGCACGCGCUGCGCCGGGUGUGCUCAGACCAGAGGGAAGACGUGCGGAACCAUGCACUAGUGUGGCUGCAGCGCUGCCUCCUCGCAGCUGACCCCCUCCACAUGCCCAACACCAUGUGGGCCCCGUGCUUCGACCAGGUGGUGUUUGUGCUUCUAGACGAUCUUUUAGAGGUGCAUUUGCGGGAGAAACCCAAGGAAUACCGGGGUAUGGACGCGUCGCUGCUCCGUGCGAUAAAGACGCUGUCAAAGGGGGUGUUGCAGGUGACUGACGCGUCAGACACGGAGAGCCUGUGGAGCGCCACGUGGCGCGCGGUGCAUGCGAUGAUGCCGCACUUAAAGCCCGAGUUGCUCGUUCCGCCUGCACCGAUUGCACCUGCGCCCAUGACUGCUGCGGGUCCUGCAGGUGUAGGUGGUGCUGGGAUGGAGGGGCAGCUAACAGGAGGAUCUGUAGCGGGGGAGGGUGCGUUGGUUGGUGGGCAAUGA